CCUUCUUUUUUUAAGGAAAAUCAAUAUUUUAUAAAUAAAAAUAAAAAAAACAUACUUAACGAUUAAAUUAUGGCAUCAACAUUUUAUAAAAUAGGCGUUACAACGCUAAGUGCUGCAAUUGGUUCGGUAUUGGCAACAUGGUCCUUAGAUCGUAUGAAUUCUACCCACACGGUCAGCGCUGAAAUGAAAAGACCACCCAAGCGCAAACGUACAUUAGUUUCACGUGCCGAGCAAAUGAAGGCUCUACAAAGUGGCGAGGAGUAUGAUGUACUUAUUAUUGGUGGCGGUGCUACCGGUGCUGGUUGUGCACUAGAUGCAGUAACUAGAGGUCUAAAAACUGCUAUGGUAGAAUCGGACGAUUUUGCUAGUGGUACAUCUUCGAGAUCGACUAAAUUGAUUCAUGGUGGUGUACGCUACUUACAAAAGGCUAUAUUAGGCUUAGAUUAUGAACAAUAUCGUAUGGUUAAGGAAGCCUUACAAGAAAGGGCCGCAAUGCUCGAGUCAGCUCCUCAUUUAGCUCAUCCAUUGCCUAUUAUGCUGCCAGUUUAUCAAUGGUGGCAGGUACCCUACUACUGGGUGGGCAUUAAAUGUUACGAUUUGGUAGCUGGUGAUCGUAAUGUCAAGAGUUCUUACUUGUUGUCGAAAGCAGAAGCAUUGGAACUAUUUCCCAUGUUGAAAAAAGACAAACUUUGUGGUGCCAUUGUCUAUUAUGACGGUCAACAAGAUGAUGCCCGCAUGUGUUUGGCGGUAGCUUUAACGGCUGCUCGCCAUGGUGCCACCGUUUGUAAUCACGUGGAAGUUACGCAACUAUUAAAGAAAGACGAUGGCACUGGCAAACAAGUCUUGUGUGGUGCCAAGGUUAAGGAUCAUAUAUCCGGCAAAGAAUUUACUGUCAAAGCAAAAUGUAUUAUUAAUGCCACCGGUCCCUUCACAGACUCUAUACGCAAAAUGGAUGAUCCCACCGUCAAGACCAUUUGUUGUCCCAGCUCGGGUGUACACAUUGUAUUACCCGGUUACUACAGUCCCGAUCAGAUGGGUCUCUUGGAUCCCUCUACUUCGGAUGGUCGUGUAAUUUUCUUCUUGCCCUGGCAAAGGCAAACAAUCGCUGGCACCACAGAUUUGCCGUGUGAAAUAACACACAGCCCAAGGCCCACUGAAGAUGAAAUUCAAUUCAUUUUGAACGAAAUCAAAAACUAUCUCAAUGCUGAUGUUGAGGUAAGACGUGGUGAUGUUCUUUCAGCUUGGAGUGGCAUUCGCCCGCUGGUAUCCGAUCCAAAUAAGGAAGAUACCCAAUCAUUGGCUCGUAAUCAUAUUGUCCAUGUAAGUCCUUCUAACCUAAUAACAAUUGCCGGUGGUAAGUGGACAACAUACAGAGCUAUGGCCGAACAUACUGUUGAUGCUGCUAUUAAAGCUUGUAAUUUGAAGCCAGAACGCCAAGAAGCUGUUACCUCUUUGCUGAAGAUUGAAGGCGGUCAGGGUUGGACACCAACCAUGUAUAUACGUUUGGUACAAGAUUUUGGUUUGGAGUGUGAAGUCGCCCAACAUUUGGCCAAAUCCUAUGGUGAUCGUGCCUUUGCUGUAGCAAAAAUGGCUUCUCUAACUGGCAAACGUUGGCCCAUUAUCGGCAACCGUAUUCAUCCCGAAUUUCCCUAUAUUGAUGCCGAAAUUCGUUAUGGCGUUAGAGAAUAUGCUUGCAAUGCUGUUGACAUGAUUGCACGUCGCUUACGUUUAUCCUUCCUUAAUGUACAAGCUGCCCAGGAAGCUUUGCCUGUUAUUGUCGAUAUCAUGGGUGAAGAAUUGAAAUGGUCCAAAGAAGAAAAGGAGAAACAAAUUAAAAAUGCUAACGAUUUCUUAGCUAAUGAAAUGGGUCAUAUGGUUAAUCGUGCUUCUAAGGAAAGAAUUCCCAUUAAAUUGUCCAAGGAUGAAAUACAAACAUACAUCAAACGAUUCCAACUUAUUGACAAAGACAAGAAGGGCUAUGUUUCCAUUAAUGAUAUACGCAGAGCCCUUAAGAGCUUUGGUGAUGGUGAUAUUUCCGGCGAACAAUUGCAUGAAAUCUUAAAGGAAAUCGAUACAAAUAUGAACGGUCAAGUUGAACUUGAUGAAUAUUUACAGAUGAUGUCGGCCAUUAAGACUGGCGAUGUGGCUUAUUCCCGUUUCGCUCGUAUGGCCGAAUUGGAAGAACAAAAACAUGAAGCUGCUCAACUUAAGCAAAAGAUUAGUGUAGAUCGUUCUGGUGGCGGUUUAUAAAUAUUUUAAAUUUAUCAUUUUCCAAAUCAUUUUUUUCAUAAUUUGUAGUUAGAAGACAAACAAAAACAACUUAACAUUUACUUAAUUAAUAUCAAAAGAAACAUUUUAACUUCUCCCCUUAUAGUGUUUAAUAUUUACAAAUAACAUUUUUUCAUUCAUUAUGCUGUUAAAGUUAAACCUUACUUAAGGAAAUUUAAAAAAAAAAAAACAAAGAGAAACAAGCAAACAAACAAACGAACUUAUUAAAUACAUUUUUGAUUAAUAAUAAGAACAAGACAAACAUAACGAAAUACAUAAUUUAUUAAUAAAAAUGUAAAAUAAACGGUAUGAAUCAUUA